AUGGAUGUGAGGAUGCUGGUGGCUGAGUCAAGCGGGGAUGGGAGAAGCAGGGAUAAGGGAGGUGAUGCGGACGGCAAGGCCAGGCUUGGUGUGGAGAACAAAAUCGGAGGCCGGAUGGACAAAAAUAACGGAGGAAGGAACGGCAAGAGUGGGAAGCAAUUGCAUGGAAAUGAUGGAAUUCGAUUUGAGAUCAAUUUAUACCCGAACCGUGUCCACAAGGACCAACCCAGGAGUGAAGACUAA